AUGGAGAUUAAGUCGGAGAAUACGAAGCCCAUUGCAGUGUUCAUGGCCUUCGGUACCAAAGGCGAUGUCUUUCCAAUUGCUGCCAUUGCGUCGGCGUUUGCUUGCGACAAGAGACAGUACCAAGUUGUUUUUAUCACACAUUCAGCUCAUCAGAGCUUGCGUUGUCACUUGGCUGAGAAGCAGGUUUACUAUGUUUCAAUUUCAUCACCACCUGUUCUCUCAAUCCAUCAGAAACAUGAUACUACAGAGUUGCCACUUUCGCUGCAGCAGAAGCAUUUGUUUUCCGGAGAACAUAGAAAAGAAUAUUUAUCAGUAGUUGAAAUGAUAUUUGGAUCAGGCCCAAGCAUGGAUGGUGAUUUCAUUGUGAUAAAUUUCUUUGCUCUGGAAGGCUGGAGUCUUGCAGAGCUUUUCCAUGUCCGCUGCAUGGUUGCUGCUCCUUAUGUUGUUCCAUUCAGUGCACCUUCAUCGUUUGAGCGCCAUUUUAAAAAGGAAUAUCAAUACCUGUAUAAAUACCUGCAGGAAUCUCACGACAAGGUAGUUUGCUGGGAAGACGUCAUCCACUGGAUGUGGCCUCUUUUCACAGAACACUGGGGAUCCUGGAGAUGUGACAAUUUGAAUCUAAGUCCUUGCCCUUUUACGGAUCCAGUAACGGGUCUCCCCAUGUGGCAUGAUAGGCCACUCUCUCCCCGACUUCUGUAUGGUUUUAGCAAGGAAGUUGUUGAGUGCCCAGAUUAUUGGCCAUCAAGCAUUCGGGUUUGUGGCUUUUGGUUUCUCCCUAAUGCAUGGCAGUUCUCAUGUAUGGAGUGCAGCGAAAUUUCAAGGCUUGUCGUUUCAGGGAAUCUGUACACAACUGAUAAGAUGUGCCCAGCUCAUAUCCAUUUGCAAUAUUUUCUGGAGACUCCUAUGCCUAUGCGACCAGAUUUUAUUGGCCUGAAUUCUAUUGGUAGCAUGGGAUUUUUGAAGAAUUUUCAAGCAUUUCUGCGUCUUCUAGAAACUGUCCUCAGGAUAACAAGUUAUCGCUUUAUCCUUUUUACUGCUGGCCACGAGCGUUUAGAUGCAGCAAUCCGAGCUAUUGCCACUGAUUCAUCAUCACACAUGACCCACAAACAGAUUAAUGAUGAUUGUGUAUCUCUCUUCCAGGAACGAUUGUUCUGCUUUUCUGGUUCUGUACCGUACACGUGGCUUUUUUCUGGAUGUGCAGCCGCAAUUCAUCAUGGGGGAAGUGGAACUACUGCUGCAGGACUACUUGCAGGAAUCCCACAGGUUAUAUGUCCAUUUAUGCUAGACCAGUUUUAUUGGGCUGAAAGAAUGUUUUGGCUCGGAGUAGCACCAGAACCCUGGAAAAGGAGCCAUUUGCUUCCGGAAGAAAGUGAUGACGAAAGUAUCGAAGAAGCAGCCAAUUUGCUAGCAACGGUCAUACACAAAGCAUUGUCUCCUGAAAUUAAAGAACGCGCUGUUGAAAUUUCUAAGAGAAUAUCACUUGAGGAUGGAGUCUCAAAUGAUGUUAGGUAUAUCAAGGAGGAGUUCGGUUGUUCAAGCUGA